AUGUCGUCAGUGCAUUCGGAUGAUGACCAGGAGGAGAUUAAUGUGGACUCUGAUAGUAGACUGUCAGGGCACUGCGACAGAAGCAUAGCAUCUGAAGACAGGGAUUCUGAGCAUAGUUAUCAUGACAGGUAUCACGAUUCCCCAAACGAUCAUAUGACUGACACGCAACAGAGGGUGAACUUACCGUUCAGCAUAUCACGACUAUUAGGUAAACAGUUUGAGGAAAUAGAGAAGCGUCGGAAUUCAGGGGAGAGUGACGAUAGGAGUGAUCAGGACACUGAAUCCGAGAGUGCUAAAGACGAUACCAAAGACAAUGGGUUGCCGUUGAACUUUUCGCAUACUCCGGGGUUGUAUCCUAACUCUGGGUUGUUAUUGAGACCAGGGUUGGGUUUGGGGGCCGGUUACGGGUUUGGAGGGAACCCUGGGGUUGUGCGAGUGCCCGCUCACAGGGCGCUGGGUGCCCUGGGCGCGUGGGGAGUGGCUUUGGACCCCAUGAGGCAAGCGGCCGCCGCGGCUUUCGCUCAUCAAGUUGUUAAGGACAGAUUGAACGCAUCGUUCCCGAUCACGAGGCGAAUCGGCCAUCCGUACCAGAACAGAACUCCUCCAAAACGCAAGAAGCCCAGGACUUCCUUCACCAGACUCCAGAUAGCCGAGUUAGAAAAGAGGUUCCACAAACAGAAAUACCUUGCGUCUGCUGAACGAGCGUCGCUGGCCAAGACCUUGAAAAUGACUGACGCUCAGGUGAAAACCUGGUUCCAGAAUAGAAGAACAAAAUGGAGACGUCAAACAGCAGAAGAACGUGAAGCUGAGCGGCAAGCAGCCAACCGUCUGAUGUUGUCACUGCAAGCUGAAGCCCUGAGCAAAGGGUACAUUCCCGAACCGCCUCCAGGUGCUACUUCGCUUUCAGCGCUACAUUAUCAAAGCCAAUCUAAUACAGGACCGUCACAGCCUGGCAAUACAGCGCUAAGCGCUUUACAGAAUCUGCAACCUUGGGCUGGGAACCAAGGCGGGUUUCUCAAUCCGCCGCCGACGACCGCGCCCCCGCCUCAUCCCCCGCCCGUUGCCUCACCUAUAUGUUGAAUUAAUUAAAAUAAAAAAAUAUCAAUCGGUUAAAAAAGAGAGAACUUGGCAAUUCCACUACCAUGCGCUUGGACAGUAAUCUACACCUAGGAUUUUCGCAAUCUUAAGUAGGUAGGUACUUAAGUUCAAAAGUGAUUUUUAUUAACGAUAUUCGUAUGGAGUGGAUACAUGGUGAAUAAAAUAUAGCGGGAACUGAAUG